GGUACUGAAUUGAUAAAGUAGAACUGAAUAACUCUCUGCAAUGCUUGCUCUAAUCCUGUUUUGUUUUCUUCUGAACGGCAUCAUGGGACUGCCGAAGAAUGAAAAAUUUGAAGCCCUCUUACCAUGUAAUUUUGGGGCCUAUGAUGCCAACAGUGAUGGAGUGAUCAACGUCGAUGAAUUCAUGGACGCCACCCACGGUUAUACCAGAAUGAAUCCUGGCACCAUUUUUGAUCGUCUGGAUAUGAAUCAUGAUGAAAAUAUCCUGUAUGCCGAAUUUAAAAAAAUGGCACCCAGUCUUCAAAGAGAUCAUGUUUUUGACCACUGCAAGAGAUCCUGGUGUAUUAUUUGUAUUUGGAAAAAAUAA